GGCCCGCCCAGAGGCCCUACCUUGGCCGUGAGCCAGCUGGAAGGAGGAAGAAGAAGAGGAAAAGGAGGAGGAGGAAGAGUCGUCGGCCGUCUCCUCCCGCCGGCGCCAGCGCCGUCCGCCGGUGAGGCGAGGAGGAGCUGUGAGGCGGCCCCGGCCAUGUCCGAGGAAGCAGCCGCCAAGCUGCGCCUCAGGACGCGCAGGGCGCCGGCAGCCUGCAGCCGGGAGCCCAGCCCUGGCCGCGGGACACUGACUGACAAACGUUCCUGGUUUGAAAAAGAAGAUGUAAAUGAGCGUGACAAAGCAUGGAUCUUGUUAUUGAAAGACAUCAGUCAAGAUUUCCAGUGCACAAACUGGCAAAUGGUGCCCAGUUUGCCAGAGUUCUUGGGAAAGAGUCCUGAAGAAGAAGAGAGUCUACAAAAACAUGACGUCUUUACAAUUGGAAUGAAAGACUUUCCGUGGGUAUCAUUCCCAUCUUUUUGCAAAGAAAAAUGUCUAAAACCAAGUGAUCCUGGCUCCCAUCAGGUAACCCAGAGCCAGACCGACCUUGCACAGGGCCAACCAGAUAAACUGAGAAGUUUACCUUCUACAGCUGAGAGAACAUGCUAUGGAACUAUUACAGAUCAAGCCAAAAAUACAGUUGGGGAAGACACAAAAGGUACUUCAAAACCAGAUACAAGUCCUAAAUCACAUACACUCACUCAACAAAGUUCUACCUGUGACUUGGUGUCAUUGCCAAGCUCUGCAGAAGCUUGUAGCCUUCAACAGCGCUGCAGAGGGACGGCACAGAACAGCGGGGAAAACAGAAAAAAGGACAGGGAAGAGCUUCAGAUACAUCAAGAGGCUGUUUCAUUUGGUGAGACCAGAUAUGUGCCUGCAGAAAAGAAGCCUCCUCUCGUGAGCGUACCUGGAACUGAACACGGCAAGGAGACGGUGGAAAAGCUGAGUGAAGGAUCAACUCUGGACAGCUGUCCCAUGUGUAUGGUUCGUUUCGCUGGAACGCUGUCACAGUUGGAUGUUGAUGGCCACCUUGCCAGGUGCUUGUCUGAAAGUGCAGAUGAUGUAAUGUGGUAAAUCCAGAAUGAAGAGCAAAGGAACAAGGCCAAGGAUGAACCUUUCUCAAAGGAAAAGGAAAAACGUGUCAAGGAAGCACAUCCUUGUCUGAAGCUUGCCUAAGGAUCACAAACCAGUAACUCAGGAGGUCAAGUGCCACCUGCCUGUUGGGGGUCUUUUUAUUUUAAGUCCUCUCAGGUGCAUAUAAAGUAGUUCUAGUUCCAAAACUGAUGCUACAGAAUGUCCUGGAGACCCCCUGGGAAAUCAGUGUUCAUACUCCUGGGUCCUGGAUACUGCUGCAAAUGUACUGUUACAAAUCCCUGAAGGACUGCUUUUGUCUCGUGCACCACAGUUGUUCUGAAUCUCUGUGUGUCAAAGACAGCAGCUGAACAAAAUGUAAUUAGUAUUCAAUCCAAAAGUUUGCUUCUUUUCCUGAACAGAUAAUCUGUGAAAUAAGCUUAAUUAAGAAACCAUUCAAGCUUAGCAUUUUUCAUGAUUUUAAUAUCUAAAUAAGAACAUAUGAUUGUACAGUUGACAUCUAUAUCAAAAUAAAACACAACCCAGGCCAAAUGAAGGGUGUGGGGUUUUAUCUUUCUGAAGGAACACAGCUAAAUUCAAAACCUUACUUGGUAGGUUUCUAAGUCAGUAUCCACUUGAUGAACAUGACUAGUCUAAACUAAUUAUGCUCCAGGAAGAACACUUCCCCUGACAGUUUCACAAUACUGAAAGGUAAAGAAAGAUUUAAUACAGUCAGACAGCCCAAACAGCUGCUUUUUACAUCAGCGCCACACGCCCCUGCUCUUAGAAACCAUCAGUGUUUGAGAAUAAAGAACACCUGAGAGUUUGUUCUGGUUAGAAGGUAUUCAGAAGACACAUCUACUGCUUUGGUAGCCAGUACACAUUCUGUAAGCUUGAGAAAAGCAAGCUUUCCCAUGAAUGACAAUAAGGGGCAUUCAGUGAGAGUUUAGCAACAGCGAAUGGAAGGGAUGAAACCAGCUCAAGGACGCUGUUCGUUUACCCCAAGUACAGUUUAGGUGUUUCCUGAAGGGGGUAUCAUACUCCUGCAGCAGACCCUGGCUCAGGCCCAGCCUUUACAGCUCCAGGUAGUUUCUUGCCAGAUGGCUACAUGCACGACCAGUCUCACUGUGCCUCUUUCCUCACAGCUGCCUUCACACACAGUGAAGAAUGCAACUCCGAAAGGUUCAUCUCACCACGCCUGUGCCCUGGACCCCAAACACACACAGUCUGGUUGUGAGCCAAGAUACAGAAUAAUCACAGAAUACAGUAUUAAAAUACAGGAAGAAUCCUAUAGAUUUAAUUUACAAUGGGGUCUCUUUAAAAAGUGCAAGUUGGACACAGUUUACUGAUAAAUAAUAACAGUCUAUUAACUUUUUCAUUAAAGUCUUUAAUAGAUGUGCAAGAAUAUAAAUGAUCUUAGCUGUUAUGGAUUAGUAUACCAUCUUCUGCACAAGUAAAACUGGUCAGCAAAGAUCCCAACUAAUUAAUGAUACAAAAUUACAAGAACAUAUUUACUGUUUUACAAUCAUUAAAUUUGCUAGAGUUCUCAUUUACUAUUUCAAAUAAGACAACUAUAUAUCAUUACCAGGUCCAUUUGUAAUAUAUUAGGAUUUUUUUUUCCAAACCACACAUUUAAUUACAUCCUUCAUUUUCUUUUAUUUAUAAAACAAGUACUUUAUAUAAAAAAUUUCCCCUUCAUCAUGAACAGAACAUUAUUCAAACACUUGCACAUGAGCAACCAAACUUGUAUCCAGCAAACUAUUUGGCAACACAGCAACAUUGUAAAUGCCUGUAAAACUUUAAAUAAAAUCGAGUAGUCUUUACAACUUUGUUCAGCGAAUGUGUCUUUGUUCUUCCUCCCC